UUCGCGCCUUGGCCAUGGCUUCAGAGAAGAAUCAAAAACUCCCGGUUUCCGAACCCUCAAAGAGCGACGAGAGCUACAAGAAAGGCUCAGCCCUUACCAGAAAAGGAGCCUACGCUGCCAUCUCUUACAUGGCGUCUGCAGUUCUCUUGGUAAUGUUCAACAAAGCAGUCCUUUCUUCUUACAAUUUCCCAUGUGCAAAUGUCAUCACACUUUUUCAGACGCUAUGUUCAUCUUCAUUUCUCUAUGCAAUGAAACGCUGGAAGAUCAUUUCUUUCACAACGGAUGAACCACAGAGCAUUACUAAUAACCCAGCCACCCUUGUACCGUUUAAGACAUUGGUUCACACUCUUCCUCUUGCAUUAUCGUAUUUGCUUUACAUGCUUGUCUCAAUGGAAUCUGUCCGGGGCAUAAAUGUUCCGAUGUACACCACCCUCAGGCGGACCACUGUGGCUUUUACGAUGAUUUUUGAGUAUCUUUUAACUGGGCAGAAGCAUUCACCUUCUGUUAUCAACUGUGUGGGGAUCAUUAUACUUGGUGCCUUUGUUGCCGGAGCUCGGGACUUGUCAUUUGAUGUCCAUGCCUAUACUGUUGUUUUCAUUUCAAACAUCUGUACAGCAAUAUAUCUUGCUUCUAUAGCUCGUAUUGGUAGAUCCAGUGGCCUGAAUACCUUUGGGCUUAUGUGGUGCAAUGGAGUAAUAUGUGGGCCAAUCCUGCUGUUCUUGACAUCAAUCAGAGGGGACCUACAAGUGACGCUGAAUUUCCCUCAUUUGUUCUCUCCUGGCUUUCAGGCUGUGAUGCUUCUUUCUUGUAUUAUGGCUUUCUUGAUAAAUUAUUGUGUAUUUUUGAAUACAACUCUCAAUUCAGCUCUCACGCAGACAAUUUGUGGUAAUUUGAAGGAUCUUCUUACAGUUGGGCUUGGCUGGCUACUAUUUGGUGGGCUUCCAUUCGAUCCACUCAAUGUUCUCGGCCAAUCACUUGGUUUCCUUGGAUCCUGCUUAUACGCCUAUUAUAAAAUCAAAGGAAAAUAAGAAAUAUUAAGCUGCUGCAUGAAAGUUUCCCUCUUGUCACUGGAGGUAAAUAGCUCCAAUGGCUCACUGUUGCUGCUUUUGUCAGCCGCCUAAUUUUGAUCUCAUGAUUAAAUGUUGUUACAGAGCGUGCAUGUUGAAACAC